AUGAUGGAAUGGAACGUCAAUAACCGCGAACUCUUCGAGACUUCGUUGAAAGUACUCCGUCAGAUCGAGAAGCUCAAUUACCUUGGCGAAUACAAGACCAAGGCCAGGGUCCGGACGGCUGUCGAUACGAUUCGCAAUAACGGUGUCCCAUGUUUGAUAUCGUCCAGGUGCAGGACGAGACUGCAACCUCAACUAGUCGUUUUCAAGAAGAUGGUGAAAGACGCAAACCUCGCCUGGAUCCCCGCCUUCAAACCGUGGAUGGAAGAGGCCUCGGCCAUUCGCGCACUCGACGUCAUCCAAAAGAAAGCGAAUGAUAGACACAAGGAGCUCAUUCGGAAGAAUGAGGAUGAUGGUGCCGCUGGGUCCAAGAAGGCCAAAGUAUAG